AUGACGAAGACCCCCGGCGCAGUGAAAUCCCUGUGGCACCAGGUUUGUGAAGAAUGUGAAGCGGAGAAGCCCCGUUAUCCCGGUGGGACACACGGCGGCCCAGUGGGCUCCCAGUUCUCCCAGUACAUCGACAGCACAAACUCUACAGUCUUGCAUGGACCCAGCAAAGCCAAGGUGCGUGAGGACAAUGACCCUCUGAGAGACUUUGGCUCGCUUCUCCCCCACGCAGCAGAGGGGACAUCACCUCCACAAUUCCAAAGUCCUGUCAUACUCUUUAUUGAAAGGAAGGUGUUUCCGGUGUUGUUGCCCGGAUUGGAGGCUUUGUUGAAAGAAGCUCAGAAACACGGCUGUUUCCAGAGGAAAAUGACAGCAUUUAACCCGUGUGACUUCCUGACCGAGUGGCUGUACAACCACAACCCCCGCAGACAAGGACAGCCCCCAGUGAACAUGUGGGACAUCCCCUUUGUGAAGGACUGGCUCAGCAUGCAUCCCAGACGUCCCAUCCCUCUGUUUCUGCUGCUCACUGAGGACCAGGCGGCUCUGCUCAUUCAGGCUUUCUGGAGGGGAUACAAGAUCAGAGCACGGCAAGAUGUGCAGGAGCUGCGCCAGUGGCAAAAACAACUGAGAGAGAGCCACGACAUUGCCAAAACUGUCAUGCAGUUCUGGGCCCAGCAAGAACGCAGAGUGGGCUCAGCAGAUCUUCCAGAAAGCCCCCAGCCUGCUAACUCUGAUGUGUCCAUCCGAGUGGUUUCCCCCACCCCCCAGAGCACUGUGGUCCACACCCCCAACACCCGGAUGACCCCUGAGGCUGGUGAGUGGCUGACCCCCAGCCUAUGCAGCGUGGAAGACUGGCCUCCACACAACCACUGA